UAGUGUAAGCCAGUCAGUGAUUGGCUUUCCGAGGGCUAGCAGGCGUGACCGCUCAAAUAGUCGUGAAAAGUAAGUGAUUGUGAUCUGACGCAGAUGAGGGAAAAAUAGGCCAACUGAAUUUGUGUGACUUGUGACUGUGAUACAAGAUGAUAUCAUUCGAUACGGGUGGAUAAGUUAGAUGAUAUGCGAGGAAGAAAACGGAGCCGAAUUAUUGUUUAGUGCAAACCGAUAAUCUGCAAAUAGUAUGCAAAUAGUGAAGAUGAUAGAUUUACGAUUGUCCCAUCGGCAGCGGAGAGGAUCAACGAUUUUCGGUGGCCGAUUGCCGGUGGAGCAACUUAGGAUUAGUGCAAUCAUUGUGAUUAUAGUCGUUGGCCUGAUCGGAAGCAGCGUCGCAGGACUGGUCGCUAAAGAUGGCAUAGUUGACCUGAUAGAGCAGUUCGACCUGCCUAGGCUUCCAUCGGGUGUAACGCCAGUGCCGGGCAUGUGCAAUGAAACCCGUAACGAUUACCAAACCUACCCGGCGUCAGCCUACAACCUGAAUCAGGAUACAGUGCUCAGCAUUGGAACGACCCAGGUGUUCCCAAAUGGCUUUCCAUCCGACUUCUCCAUCUUGGUCGUGCUCAAAGCCACACCCAAUCUUGUACGGGUUCCACUGUUCACGGUGUAUUCGUCUGAUUCGGAGGAAGUUUUGAUGCUGAUGGUUGGAAUGGAAGUUGCCCUGUAUUAUCAGGACACCGAUGGUAACCCGGAGGAGGAAAGCCUGAUCAGUUUUGGCGUCAGCAUAGAUGAUGAACGAUGGCACCGGUUGGGAAUCAGUGUCAAAGGUGAUUCCGUAACACUGAUCAAAGAUUGUCACGAGCAGGUCACUCGUAGACUAAGACGACAAGCUGGUUCAGUCAUUGCCACGGACGGGUUGAUUUUAACAGGCGUUCAACUCAAUGAAGACGAAGGAUUUUUCACCGGAGAUCUUCAACUGUUCAUGUUUGCCGAUACUCCAGAUGAAGCAUUCCACAUCUGUACCAAAUAUGCACCCGACUGUUUGGGGGCGGGCCAUGGCUCUGCAACCGUAACAUCAAGCAUGCAUAGUUUUUCGAGUCAAAGUACAUCGGGUCAGAACGGAUCUACAUCGUCGACGUUCCAUCAAACUCAGGAUUUCAGUAACUCGAGAGAUCAAGUCAACAAAUUCGUCAUAUCCAGUUCUGGGUCAUCUGGCAACAACUUCGAAGGGCACCGAGAAUUCGUAGAUAUUACUGGUGAAGCCGACGGGUUGGAGAUCAUCGGAGAAGAUGACGAAUAUUACAACAACUUGGAAUUAGAAGGAGAGGAUAGAAAAGUUGAGCAGCACCAAUUUAGUACAAGCACACAGCGCAGCAAUACGGAAUGGCAUCGCGUAGAAAUAAACCGAACCAGACCAGGAAUUGUUGAUCAGACUGGUAGAAGGCCUAUUCUACCACUUCCAGACCCGGAAUAUGACUCAUCAGCAUCGGAUAAUAAUCGACCCGAUGGAGUUCAACCAUCUGUAGAACACGAACAAGAUCCGGAUGAUACUUCAGUGUCAUUUCCAGCACCCCCCACUGGCAACUACAGUAUAACUGGAUUCCGAACGAUCAUAGGUCCAAGAGGACCACCAGGAGAGCCUGGUCCUAAGGGUGAACCCGGACGAGAUGGACUACCGGGGCAAGGUGGACCUCCUGGACAACCUGGUCAUGUGUUCAUGAUUCCUCUGAGCCAAACCGCCAAUGAGAAAGGUCCCGAUUCGCAAGCGGAAGCAUUCCGUGCAAUGUUGUCUCAGCAUAUGAUGGCUAUGAGAGGUGCCGAUGGGCCUAUGGGAUUAACAGGAGUACCUGGUCCUGUUGGUCCUCCGGGACCAGAGGGUACAAAAGGAGAACCUGGAGAUAAUGGUGAACCUGGUCCGCGAGGCUUGCGAGGAGCACAUGGACCACCUGGUCGUGAAGGUCGUCGAGGGCGAGCUGGAAGAGAUGGUGAACGAGGAGUUGUUGGCUUACAAGGUUCAAAGGGUGAGCCUGGCCCAGUUGGCUUACCGGGAAUGGUUGGUGAGAAGGGUGAGCGCGGUCGGCAUGGUAAUAUUGGCGAAAAGGGCGCACAAGGGCAUGAAGGAAUCCAAGGAGAAGAUGGACCUCCAGGUUUACCUGGUCUUCCCGGAGAAUUAGGUCCACGCGGUUUCGCAGGGCCUCGUGGUUUCCCAGGUCCAUCAGGUAAUCCAGGGAUUCCCGGAACAGAAGGUCUCCCGGGCGUUAAAGGAAACCCUGGUCCACAAGGUCAACCAGGAGCACCAGGUCAGACAGGUCCAGCUGGUCCGGUAGGACCUCCCGGACCACAAGGAAAUAUGGGUCCCCCAGGUAUCGCGGGCCCACACGGUAAGCCGGGUAUUCCAGGGCUGCCUGGAGCAGAUGGUGCACCAGGACGCGAAGGAAGCCCUGGCAUCGUUGGACCCAAAGGAGACAUUGGCUCACAAGGAGUGCAAGGUUCUAUUGGAUUUCCUGGCAAUCGCGGCCCAAAGGGUGACGAUGGAGAACGAGGUGGUCCUGGUGACAAAGGAGAUAAAGGUGAACGAGGCCAUGAUGGUGAGAAAGGAGACAUGGGCCCACCAGGUGAGAGAGGAUUGAUCGGCCUGCAAGGCACUGCGGGCAUUGAAGGACCGGAAGGGCCAAAGGGAUUUGAAGGACCUCGCGGAGAAACUGGGCACAUGGGUUUACCGGGCGAAAAAGGUAAACAAGGUGUUCAAGGAUUUGCCGGGUAUCCUGGACCAACAGGCGAUAAGGGUGAUAAGGGGAUAGUCGGUAUUCCUGGUUUGGCUGGUGAUAAAGGCGAGAGGGGAAAUACUGGACUUCAAGGAGAGCGUGGAGAGGUCGGACCAAGAGGAUUCCGGGGAGCUCGUGGUAGACGAGGCGCUGAUGGUACACCGGGACCUAAGGGUGAUACCGGUCAACCAGGAUCGUCGGGACCGCAAGGAGAAAUGGGUCCUCAAGGUAUGGAAGGUCCUCGUGGUUUCAUAGGCCUUCCCGGCCCACAAGGCAACAACGGCAAAGAUGGUCCUCAAGGUACCCCAGGUGAACGUGGCCCUCCGGGAGAAAAUGGGAAUCCAGGCCCUACUGGUCACCCAGGUGUUAUCGGCCCUCAAGGACCAACAGGAGAACCAGGUCCAGUUGGUGAACCCGGAAUACCUGGAUUACCAGGAAUGCCAGGGGAACCCGGAGUUCCUGGCGAUAGCGGUAAAGAAGGUCAGGUUGGUCCACCAGGGCCACCCGGAAAAAAUGGUCCACCUGGUGGGCAAGGUCUACCAGGAUUUCCAGGUGAACGAGGAAUGAUGGGAAUGCCGGGUCUUCCUGGACUGAAAGGUGAAAUCGGCGUACCAGGUCUAGCAGGCCCGGUUGGAGAUAAGGGGCAACCAGGUGAACCAGGAAAAGAAGGUCCUCCUGGACCAGAAGGACGAGGAGGCCCACCAGGACCAACAGGACCAUCUGGUUUGAAAGGAGAACGAGGUGAAAUGGGACUGGUGGGACCAAUUGGUCGAGAUGGACUCCCCGGGCAACGUGGUUUAACAGGACCUCCAGGACCGCAGGGCUCGCCUGGCGAGGAUGGUGAUAAGGGAGAUAUUGGCCCUCCAGGAGAGAAAGGAUUCAAAGGAUCUCAGGGUGAAGCUGGUCCUGUUGGAUCGGCGGGUCCGCAAGGAAGCCGCGGAGAACCGGGUGCAAUCGGACCUCCUGGCGAAAAAGGACCACCAGGGGAAAUGGGCCGUGCUGGCUCAAAAGGCGAAGACGGUCCAACAGGUCUUCCUGGCCCACCAGGUCCAGCAGGUGCCCAAGGAAUGCCUGGACCAUCCGGAAUCAAGGGAGAUCGUGGAGAUGACGGUCUUGUUGGACCUGCCGGAUCUAUUGGUCCUCCUGGAGAACCAGGUAGACGAGGUCCAAGAGGAGCUGAAGGUGCUCCCGGAGCCACUGGCCCAGCAGGGCCUCAAGGAUUGAUUGGAGAACCUGGUCCACAAGGACCUCCUGGUCCAGAUGGACCGGAAGGCAAGGAUGGUGAAAAAGGAUCAGUUGGACCAAAAGGUGAAGAAGGUAAAAGUGGUCCACCUGGACCUCCAGGAAAAAGAGGUCCAGCUGGACCAGAAGGACCAAAAGGUGUGGUUGGAUCUCCCGGCUUUCCGGGUAAUCCUGGAGAACCGGGUGUGAUUGGCCCUAAGGGUGAUACUGGAAAGGAUGGAGAAGAUGGAAAGCAAGGUGAACCGGGACAAACUGGCGAUCCGGGCCCACCAGGAAUACCUGGAGAAGUUGGACCUCCAGGAAAAAUGGGACCGGAAGGUCCGGCUGGAUUGCAAGGCUCUGUAGGUCCAUCUGGAGAGAAGGGAGACCGUGGAUUACCAGGUCCAAUUGGAAACCCAGGUCUAGUUGGUCCUCAAGGCAUGCCAGGAGCGCAAGGUCUACCAGGACUGCGAGGAUCGCCAGGUGCAUCUGGAGAAAUUGGACCUGUUGGAAAACCUGGAGAAUCAGGUCCUCCUGGAAAGAUUGGUGAAACUGGAUCGAAAGGCCAAAAGGGUGACCGUGGUCGUCGAGGUUUGAAAGGACAUAGAGGUGAACUAGGUAUGGUUGGAUUGAAAGGUGAUAGUGGUGAAAAAGGCGAUAAAGGUGUUAGAGGCAAUAGUGGCCCAGAUGGUCCGAAAGGACCCCCUGGACCGGUCGGUCCUCUUGGCUUGAAGGGCAAUGAUGGUCCACAAGGUCCGCCUGGUAAUGAAGGGCCGUUAGGUCCAAAAGGUUCAGAAGGUGUUGCUGGUUUGAAAGGUGAGGCAGGACCACCUGGACCUCCAGGUCCACCCGGUCCUCCAGCUGAAGCUCCCCUAAUUCCACCGGAGUUAUUGUUCAGGAUGAGUGAAUUCACUAUGACGAAAGGUGAAGAUCGAAUGAAGCGAGAGGCUGAAGAAAUUCCAGAAGAAGAAGAUGACUUUGACGAGGAACUUUUGAAGAUUGAGCCAAAGAAAAAGAAAAAGAAGAAGAAGAUCAAAGAUGAAAUGGGUCCAAAAUUUUUGGAUAUGUACAGCUCAAUCUACUCUAUGCGCCAAGAAUUGGAUCGAAUUAGGAAACCAGUAGGCACCAGAGAGAAUCCCGGCAGAACUUGCCGAGAUUUGCAUUAUGGACAUCCGCAGUUCAAGGAUGGUUGGUACUGGAUCGAUCCGAACUUGGGUAUGGCGGAUGAUGCCGUUUAUGUCUUCUGCAACAUGACAGCCGAAGGCGAAACAUGUGUUUUCCCAGAUUUGCACAGUUCUCAGAUGCCGAACAUUCCAUGGAGGAAGGAAAAUGAUAAGACCGAUUGGUAUUCAAACCUAAGAGGCGGCUUUAGGAUUUCAUAUGAAACAGUCGGUGUUGUACAGAUGACCUUCUUGCGAUUACUCUCCGAAGGUGCAUAUCAGAACUUCACGUAUACCUGUAUGAACAGUGUCGCCUGGUACAGCAAUCAAGAGGAAAACCAUGACGAUGCGAUUCGCUUCCUCGGUGACAACGAGAUCGAUAUUGGUUACGAAAACUCCAAAUUGCGACCAAAUGUCCUGGUGGAUGGUUGCAAAUCUGGCAAAAGCAAAAGCGAGACAAUUUUUGAAAUUCGUACAACUAAACUGCAAUAUCUUCCGAUCAUUGAUUUCUACCCGGUGGAUUAUGGACAACCACAACAAGCGUUCGGUUUCCAAGUAGGACCCGUAUGCUUCAAAUAGUUUUGGAAAGAUGGCUACCGAGACAAAUUGCUUCAAAGAAUUAUAGGAUAUGAUUUAUGGAACACGCUAGGGAUGACGCUAGAAUUUUUUGCAUUUUGCGAGAAGUAUUCCUAUGAUAUGUAAGAUACGUACUAGUGGUAAGAAAUAGGCGAUAAUUAGCAAUGCACACACAAAACUAGCAUAAUACAAAGGGGAACUAGGCUAAGCUUAGGUAAGAACGUAACUACAAAGGACUGAACAACAUCAUAAGUCAGGAGGGGAAUCUACCAUCAAACAUCCAUGACUUAGUUGUAAAAUUAGGUUGAAUAUAUACUUAAGGACGCACACAUUCAUUCCGCAUUCAUCACAACGCAAAAAAGAUCCCAAAUCACUGCCAAAUAUCUGAUUUGUGAAUUGUAGGAGAAAUAUAUCGUCGAUUGUUUGAGCAAA